UUAGACUUAGACUAAAGCACUGCAAGUCUUUUGAGGCUCAUCAUACAUACAAUUUGAAAUGGAAUUCAACUUUGGAUUUUUCAGUGGAUGUAAGAGCUAUGUCUCAUGGAUCCGCUUGUUCUUACUUUACUCAAUCCUGUGCAUGUGGACAAGUGUAGAGUGCUGGUCCUACUUCUACUCAGACACAACGAUGAACUGGGCUGAAGCCAGAACAUGGUGCAGAGAGCACUACACAGACAUGGUUGCAAUUCAAAACCAGAAGGAGAUUGAGCACCUGAACAGCUGGCUGCCCAUGAAACAGGACUAUUACUGGAUUGGGAUUCGUAAGAUAGAUGAUAUCUGGACCUGGGUUGGUACCAACAAGGCUCUGACAGAAGAAGCAACCAACUGGGCAAAAAAUGAACCAAACAAUGGCAUGAUCACAACCACAGGGAAUUCUGAGGAUUGUGUGGAGAUGUACAUCAAAAGGAGUCGGGAGACAGGAAAAUGGAAUGAUGAGUGGUGUGGAAAGAAGAAGACUGCUUUGUGUUAUGCAGCUGCCUGUAAGAACGACUCAUGCGCCUACGGAGAGUGUGUCGAGACCGUCAACAAUCACAAGUGUGAAUGCUUUCCUGGUUUUUAUGGAGAGAGGUGUGAGCAAGUUGUUAAAUGUAGCGCAGAUGAGUUGAUCAUCCCAGAUAAGGGAAAUCUAAGUUGUACUCAUACCUAUGGGGAAUUUACCUAUGACUCCUCAUGCCAGUAUUCCUGUGAGGAAGGAUACCAGCUGAGUGUACCAAGACCUCUGAGAUGUACUGCCACUGGAAACUGGUCAGAGCCACCUCCUACAUGUAAACUGGUGCAGUGUCAAGAACUGUCCCAGUCUCCAAGGGGAUCCAUUGAGUGCUUUGAUCCUUUGGGCUCUUUCAGCUACCAGUCCACUUGUAUCUUCACUUGUGAUCAAGGAUAUGAGCUGAAUGAUUCCCUGUCUAACACUCUGCAGUGUGAAUCAUCAGGAAACUGGAAUAGCUCACAACCAUCUUGUAUCCCUGUCCAGUGCUCUACUCUCCAAGAUCUAGAAAAUGGUAUUGUCACAUGUGAGAAUGAUACAGAUAUGACAUUCAGCUAUGGAAAGACCUGCAGCUUCAGCUGUGCUCAUGGCUAUCGCCUGGCAGGAGCAAGCAGGGUCACAUGCACAUCAGCUGCUGAGUGGAGUGAACAGAUGCCUCAAUGUGAAGCCAUCACUUGUCAGAAUCCAGAAGGAGAAGCUCACCUCAUCACAGACUGUGGCAAACGUCAAACUGAACUGAAACCAAGUUCCACUUGCAGCUUCAGCUGUGAGCCAGGCUUUGAGCUGCAAGGAGCGCACAUCACUAUCUGUUCUGAAGAUGGACUGUGGAGUGAGGCCAUACCUACCUGCAAAGCUGUCCAGUGCUCUGCUGUCCAGGAUCUAAAGAAUGGCAUUGUCAAUUGUGAAGAUGGCACAGGGAUGAAGUUCAGCUACGGAAACACUUGCAGCUUCAGCUGUGAGCAAGGCUUUGAGCUGCAAGGAGCGCACAUCACUAUCUGCUCUGAAGAUGGACAGUGGAGUGAGGCCUUACCUGUUUGCAAAGCUGUCCAGUGCUCUGCUGUCCAGGAUCUAAAGAAUGGCAUUGUCAAUUGUGAAGAUGGCACAGGGAUGAAGUUCAGCUACGGAAACACUUGCAGCUUCAGCUGUGAGCAAGGCUUUGAGCUGCAAGGAGCGCACAUCACUAUCUGCUCUGAAGAUGGACAGUGGAGUGAGGCCUUACCUGUUUGCAAAGCUGUCCAGUGCUCUGCUGUCCAGGAUCUACAGAAUGGAGUUGUCAAAUGUGAAGGUGGCACAGGGAUGAAGUUCAGCUACGGAAACACUUGCAGCUUCAGCUGUGAGCAAGGCUUUGAGCUGCAGGGAGCAAACACUACUAUCUGUUCUGAGGAUGGACAGUGGAGUGAGGCAAUGCCCAUCUGCAGUGCUAUAAGAUGCCCACACCUUGAGGCUCCUGAAAAUGGAAACAUGACCUGUUCAAAACAUGAGCCAGUUUUCAGCUCACAGUGCUCAUUCACAUGCGAUCAAGACUUUGCAUUAGAUGGACAUGAGCUGCUGACCUGUGUUCAUAACGGCAGCUGGUCUGGAAAGAAACCCACUUGUCAAGCUGUCUUAUCUCGUAAUGUCACUACUGCUAUUGUGGCAGCAGGGGGCUCUGUCUUAGGCUCUGGUCUGCUAAUGAGUUUAUGGAUCUUGAAACAACUGAGAAAGAGAACAUCAAAGUUUGAGUUGAACAGCAACAGCUCUGACAUAGAUUUGCUGUAAAUAAAACAUCCACGGGUGUACAAAAACAGCAAUGAAAGCCCCAUAUAGAAAAGAGAAGAUUAGACUCAUUAUUACUGGAUAUAUGAAGAAUUUCCAUGAUUGCUAUGGAUUGCUGUUCACUUAUAGAUGUCCUCCCAGUGGGAGUUAUACAUUGAACAUAUUGCUCUAAAAUCUUUAUUAAGAUGCUGGAAAGUUGACUCACUUAUUCUUACUGUAAAUGUUGUAUUAAGUAGUGUGUGGAUUUCAAUGUCACUGAAAAGCUGUGAACAAUUUCAUUAAACUGAUAACAGUAUUUAUAUGCUAUUUAUGUAAUAGUUAAUAGUAACAUUUGUUAAUUUUGUAUGUCAAUGCUAAAUGUCUUUAUAUAUUCAUUUUUAAAUCUCAAAACACCUCUACAUCUGUGUAGCAGGAGAUAUGUUGUAUUUGCAAAACUAAUUAACACUGGUGAAUAAAAAAUGAUAAGAGA